UAACACACCUCCUGAUGCACCAGUCUCAGAGCCACACGACCACCUGUACCAUUCAAUCCGGCUCCCUUCAAUCAAGCCUGCCACACAUAUCUUAUGCAUAUGCACAUGUCAACCCAUGCAUCGUGAAGGCAACGACCCUGCAACUCCGCAGCGCCCCCACCCGGCCCCGCUGGACGAUGCCACCGUCACGCCAUCUCCAUCGCGGCUCGGCCUCCUGCAGACUCCGCCGCGACGGCCCGGUCGGGGUCUCAAACGGGCUAUGGAGGCAGAGGCCGAGGUCCCCGAGCACCACGAAGCAAACCCUCGUGGACUCCUCCAAACGCCGCCACUUCGUCCCCCGCGCCGUGCACGGUUUUCCACCGGACCCAUCGACUUGACCACUGCUGGUACAGACGCAACGUCUGACGCAGACCGUCCCGUCUCGCGUAAAGAAGAGGCUCAAAGUCUUGCUUCUAAUCCCCAUCAGGGAGGGAAACAUCAUGGAGAGAGCGUGGAUGAUGACGGUGCAGUGGGGCGGGGUGAGAACACAUUGGAGCACUUAGUUGAGAGCACAGAACAACUGCAGGACAACACCACGAACGGAAAAUCUGAUGGGUUUCAGGUAAUAGAUAGCAGCAAGAAGGAACAGAAGAAACAGUGUGAGAAGGAACAGAGAGAUGAACAUAUUGCGCAUGAGGUGGAGAAUGGGGAUAGGCACACUGAUGACCCCGAUCAGCUGCAUUAUGUGGACAAUGAGACGUACGACGAGGAUUCUUUGGAACACUUGUAACUUGUCGGCAUUUACGAACCGGACAACUGUUACAGGUUGUAUAAAAAUGGCUGAAAUAUAGAUGAACACAAUCAGACGUAUAACAGAGAACACUAGGACAAACGUAAUUAAGAGGGCUCUAGAC